AUGAACUGGAUUCAAUUUGCAGCUUUUAUUAUCACGGCUUCUGCCGAAGUUCUUGCUGGCCACGUCCCUCCUGUUGACGGCGCCGUCUCAACCUGCCACGAGUCUUACGAUGGUAGAUUCGAGGUUACUAUCAACAAGCUCAGCAAGCGAGAUGUCGAGAAACGAUCUUGCGGUGGUUCCGACGCCCUGCUACUGACACUCCACGAUGGAAUUCUAAAGGACGCCAAGGACCGUACUGGAUACAUUGCUUCCAACUAUCAGUUCCAAUUCGAUGAUCCGCCUCAGGUAGAUGCCAUCUACACGAGGGGUUUCUCUGCCUGCGAUGGCACUCUGGCUCUGCGUGGCUCAACCACCUUCUACCAAUGUCGCUCCGGGGACUUUUAUAACCUGUACGACCGUAACUGGGCGUCGCAGUGCGAACCAAUCGAGCUCCGUAUACUGCCUUGCGACGGACACACUGAAGGUGGAGGUUACGGCCGAGAAGAGACCACUAUCGGCUCCAAGGUGGUCAAGACUGCCAUUGUGACGGCUAUCGGAGAUGGUCAGGCACAAGCACACACGACUACCAUUGCUAUUCCCAUCUGCCAAAUUGGAGACGGACAAGUCCAAGGACACACAACUCCUUGCGGUGGCCAGCCUCCAGCCUCUCCCAUCAGCCAAAUCAGCGAUGGCCAGGCAGUCCACGAGCCCCCUCUCACGAAUCCUCCUGUGGCCAUUCCCACGGCCACCGGUGCUCCUAAACCUCCUAGCCAUCCAGUUACGCAGCUUCCAGACGGCCAGCCGCAGGGAUUAGAGCCUAAGGAACCUCCUUCUGGCACUGGUUCGCUUCCGAAACCGCCUCCUGCUGCUUCUUCCGAGGUUCCAGUCAAUGAUGCCGCACAGCUCUUUAGCAAUGUCAAGAUGACGAUUGGCAUUCUGAUGUUUUGCAAUAUGCUUAUUGGUGUAUAG